AAACUUUUUCUCAAAUUACCAGUUCGACUUCAAGAUGACCAUGAUUACUUUACGAUCGACUUCAAAUCUAUUCAAAUCAACUUCAAUCUUUCAUUCCAUCAAACCACAUCAAUUUAAAUUCUCAACUUAUCAAUCUCAAUCUCAAUCUGAAUCAAACACUACCUUAAAAAGAACUCCACUCUAUUCGAUUCAUACUCAACCAGAAAAUGGUGCAAAGAUGGUCCCAUUCGCUGGUUUCGAAAUGCCCUUAUCUUAUACAAAAUCAGGUGAACAUAUGGCAGUCAGAAAUGCUUGUGGACUAUUCGAUGUAUCUCAUAUGGUACAAUCCAAAAUAUCAGGACCAUCAGCUACAGAGUUCUUAUUAAAACUUUUACCUGCUUCAUUAAAGACCAUGAAACCAUUUACAUCAACUCUAUCAGUGAUGUUAAAUGAAGAAGGAGGGAUCAUAGAUGAUUGUAUGAUUACUAAAUGGUCAGAUCAAGAAUGGUAUCUAGUCACUAAUGCAAAUAGAAGACAACGAGAUUUAAAUUGGAUCAAUCAACACAUUCAAUCAUUUGAUGCUAAGAUUGAAGUGAUGGAAAAUUGGGGAUUAAUUGCACUUCAAGGUCCUAAAUCAAGUGAAAUCUUACAAACCUUAUUAGACGAUUCAUCUUUGAAAUUAAAUGAUACUUUUUUCUUUGGUCAAAGUGUCCAUACUGAAAUUAAUGGAAUUCAAGUUCAUAUUGCUAGAAGUGGUUAUACAGGAGAAGAUGGAUUCGAGAUUUCGAUUCCACCUAACCAAUCUGAAUCGAUCACUUCAUCUUUACUAAACCAACCUGGUGUCACUCUUGCUGGUUUAGCUGCACGUGAUAGUCUUAGAUUAGAAGCAGGAUUAUGUUUGUAUGGAACCGAUUUAGAUGAAACAGUAGGAGUUGGUGAAGCAGGAUUAGGUUGGGUGAUUGGAAAUCAACGAACAGGAUUUUUGGGAGAAGAAAGAACUCGAAAAGAGAUCGGAUCGGAAAUCAAACGAAGAAGAGUAGGAUUAUUGAUUGAAAAAGGUGCACCGGCUAGAUCAGGUGCUAUGAUUUUCAAUAAAAAGAAUCCCGUUGGAGUGAUCACCAGUGGGAUUCCUAGUCCUUCAUUAUCUAAUCAGAAUAUCGCAAUGGGAUUUGUUGGAGUUGGGUUUCAUCAAAGAGGUACUGAACUUAAAGUUUCGGUUAGAGAUAAGGAUAGGACGGCUAAGGUUGUUAAGAUGCCAUUUGUGACGCCAAAGUAUUUUAAACCUAAAACUUCAUGAAGGCCUUUAUGAAUUCAUACAAUACUUAUUUUUGAACUUUAUAAGAUAUAUUUGUAUCAUGUUGAUCUUAUGGAUUAUGUUUCUUUUGAAAUGACUAAAAAUUAUGACCUCAU